GUUCGGACAAUUUUCCGCGAAUUUAACUGAGAAAACGGGAGAAUUAAUUCGCGAAAAGUGCUUUUGCAGCACAAAAACCAUCGUCCGAAUCGCAUUUCAUAGAAAAAAAAUCUACAUAUCACUCGAAAAAUUGUUAAAUUGCCAAAAAUAUCGUUUUGUGAUUACGCGAGACUUUUUUUGGAUCAAAGAAAAAAUUACAUGUUUUUUAUUGCUGCAUUGUUUAUAAAGUGAAAUGCCGUAGAUUUGCAUAAAAAUUAGCAAGUGCGGAAUAAUUAAAAAAUAAAUUUAUUAAAAUUAAAAAAAAAAUUCGGAAAAAUAAGUGAAAAUUUUUGAUUGUUGUUGUUGUGCUCAUACACACCCUAAAAAGCAAAAAGUAACCAGAAGUGCACAUAGAAAAUAUUUUUUAAGAGAAAAAAGAGAUAAAAGCCGCCUACGACAACAAAAAAAAUAAUAUUGGCAAAAAAUAAAAACAGUUUUGCAACAAUAAUAAUUUUUUAUCGCGUAAAUUUUGUUAGUCAAGUGGUUCAGACAAAACGAAAGAAGGAAAAAAAAAUGUUCGUGCAAGUAAUCUGCAUUCGUAGACGUAAAAAGUUGCUGUCUGCAUAAAAUAUUGCAUAGUUUUAUCGAAAAAUACGUGGAAUCACACACAUAACAUAAUAUUAUUAGUGAACUAACGGUAACGGUAGUGUUGUUGUAUCGCAUUCGUAUUAAUUUCAAAAGAAAGAAAAAAAACUUGCGUUCUUGAAGAAUUUCACAAAGAAUUUCUUUUUGCGAAAGACAAAGCAAAGCAAAGAAGCCAAAAUGUUCAACUUCAUGAAAAAGGAUAGCGAAAAGACGGACCGUGAUGAACGCAAGUCCAUGAAAAGCAAAAAAAGUAAACGAGGCAAGGAAAAACUCCCCUCGGGCAUCACAGCGGAUUACAGUUCGUUUUUCGCGCAAAGCGGCGGCGGAGGCGGCGUCGAAUUAGAUCGCGGCACGGAAGAAAUUCUCGCGACCGCUAAUACCACAACUUAUAUCGACAGCAACGGGGAUUUGGUCGAAAAGAUUCACUUGACAUCCGCUCAAAUUCAGCACACGACGCUCGCAGGUACCGGAGCGACAGCUAUUCAUUCCGACAGCUCCGAAUCCAAUCAUUCGCAAACGACGAGUAAGCGCGUUUUACCUCCCAUUCCUCCGCGCCCGCCAAAACGUGGUAUCUUAAAAGGCCCUCGAGUGAAUAUUACCAACAUAACUGAAGAAGUUACAGAUUCGCGAACACUAUUAAUGCGUAAUACCCUUCAAAAUGAACUAAUUGCUUACCAGAAUUUGAAUGAUCCGAAUGCUCCAUCAGACAGCAAUAGUUUGCGAGAUUUUAAUGAUGCAGAUCCAUCUCAAUCGCCUCAGAUGCAACAUUUGAAUGUCAUGACUUCGCCAUCUCCGAGCGCUGAAAGUCUCACAGAUACGACAAAUUCAUCUUUUGCAACGCCUCCUUUCUCCCUGAGUCCUGUUGGCGAAUCGCAAGGAUAUCAUCCAUGGGCACGAAUUCAAACCUUCGAAGAUGUGAGUCUUCCAUUGCCGCCAAUUCGUCUUGUUACGUUGCCGCCUCCUCGUGAGCUGGUUAUCAAGCGACAGAAGACCCUUCGGAAUGAUUUUGGAUUCAGUUUGAGAAAAGCGAUCGCUUUGGAUAGAUCCGAGUCGCUGAUGUUACCCGUUUUGAAGCCCGUGAUUUUCGCAGAGCCCGGAGCAGGCGGCGGAUCAACGGGAUUAUUGCCGGGAGAUCGUUUGCUCAAAGUUAACGGAAAAAGUGUCGAGGAUUUGCCGAGAGAAACAAUCAUUGAAGCGAUUCGCAAUAGCGGCGAUAGCUUAACGGUUGUCGUACAACCGGUAGCUGAACUUGUUGAACUAUCUCGUCGGUGUAUGAUUACGACGUCAUCCUCGUCCUCGUCAGUGCCCGCAGAUGAAACGGACAAAAGUGCUGUCAAUGUUUCGGAUUGCAAUACGUUGAAACGUUCUGCGAGUAAAAGAUUUAAAGCUGAGACAAAAUUCGACAACAAUCACGCCAACGGAGAUCUUUGGAAAACCGAAGCAGGCGAAAACAUUUGGCUUGUUCAUCGUGGCGGUUUUUGCGCAGCUCUCCGUUUGCCGCAACAAACAGGCGUCGAACCGGGCAAAGUACUUAUCCAAUUGGAGCAUAAUGGCGAGCAACUUACCGUCGACGAAGACGACAUCGAGAAAGCCAACAACUCAAAACUCGACUUGUGCGAAGACAUUUGUCACUUGAAGCACUUGAACGAGGCCUCCGUGCUGCAUGUGUUACGCCAAAGAUACGCCAGUAACUUAAUCCAUACACGGGCUGGACCUAUUUUGAUGGUUGUUAACCCGAUGGCACCACUUUCGCUUUACUCGGAAAAGGUGGUCUCGAUGUUCCGCGGAUGCAAAACCGAAGAUAUGCCGCCGCACGUUUACUCGCUCGCCCAAACGGCGUACCGAACGAUGAUGGAAACGCGUCGCGACCAAAGUUUGAUCUUCAUGGGCAGAUCGGCAUCGGGCAAGACAACGAGCUUCAAACAUGCUUUGUAUUAUUUGACAUUGGCAGCGGGCAGCACGAACAAAUUACUCACGGCGGAGAAGGUGAAUGCGAUGAACACGAUUCUCGAGUCUUUUGGAAACACAAAAACUUGCAUGAACUCGAAUGCGACGCGAUUCACGCAGAUUUUGAGCUUGGAUUUUGAUCAUACGGGACAAAUUGCAUCAGCUUCGGUGCAGGUUCUUUUGUUGGAAAAAUCCCGCGCAGGACGUCGCAUGAGCAACGAACACACGUUCCAUGUCUUAACUCGUCUUCUCGCCGGCGCUGAAGGAGCAUUACAGAAAGAACUCCAUUUGGACAACAUCAAUUUCGACGAUUCAAACCCUUUUAUCUCAAUUCCCACAAAACUUGACGAACGCGCAAAAGCUUCUUCAGACUUUGUUCGACUUGUGCAGGCAUUUUCAACGUUGGGCAUCCCCAAUAAUUCUGUUAAGGCGCUUUGGUGCGUUUUAGCAUCAAUUUAUCACUUGGGAUGUGCGGGAGCAACAAAACUCGGCACAGGCACGACAGCUCGAACGCAAUUUGCGCAUCCAUCGUCGGCAAGAAAAGCUGCCAUGUUGCUCGGAGUUUCCAUGGAUGACUUGACAGCAGCUGCUUUUCCCGUAAAUACAUCAAAUCCGGGCACGCCAACGCGAUCUCCAGCUGAUAGUCCCGAACAUAGUCCAAAUGCGGCAUGGGAUAGUCUCGAGGGACUCGUCAUCGGGUUGUAUGCGGAAGCGAUGUCAGCAGCUGUUGCUUUAGUAAAUAAAGCAAUUUCGUCGCCAAGUCACACAAUUGCGUCGAUUUUGUUGGUUGACACGCCCGGAUUUCAGAAUCCCGCGAGUUGCGGACAACAAGCUGGCGCCACGUUAAGCGAUUUGCGUCACAAUUACCUGCAAGAACGCUUGCAACUUUUGUUCCAUCACACAACGUUGGUUGCUCCACGGGAUCGUUACGCCCAAGAACUCGUCGAAAUCGAUACGGAAGGUUUUAUCGAAAGUAAUCCGGGUCCUCUUGUGAGUUUGCUUGAUAAAGCGCCGCAAAGUCACGUGAUGCGAACGUCACAACGCGACUUGAGAGAUGUCGAUCGUCGUGGAUUACUUUGGCUUUUGGAUGAGGAAUCCAUGUAUCCAAACUCAAACGACGACUCGUUCCUCGAACGACUUUUCUUCCAUUAUGGCGAUCGCGAAUAUCAACCGUUGCUGAGAAAAGGCGCCGGAACGCGUCAAUUCAUUUUGCAACACUUGCAAGGCACAAAUCCCGUUCUUUAUUCGACGAGUGGUUGGCUCAAGGCGAGUCGCGAACACAAUUCAACCAAAAAUGCGACGUCACUGUUGCAGGACAGCACAAAAGCGGAAAUCAGUCAUUUGUUUAUCGGAACGAAUGCGAGGGGAGGAAAUGGAAUUUUCUUCGGGUCGAUUGCUGGCGUCGAAGGAAGUCAAUCGUUGAGACGCGUUUCGAGCAUAAGACGAUCUUUUACGACUGCCGGCGUGAAGAAGAACUCUGUGAUGCUUCAAGUGAAGUUUACAGUAGAUGGCAUUAUUGACACGAUCCGAAGAACUGGAACACAUUUUGUGCAUUGUUUCUUGUUGCAACAUUCAGCAGGCUCAUCUUCUCUUGUCAGCAAUAAAGCGUUUCAUCAAAAUAGUGAAGAUAUUGUUAAUGUUCCGUUGUUGCGAAGUCAGUUACGCGGUUCCCAAAUCCUCGAAGCAGCUCGUCUUCAUCGCUUGGGAUUCCCUGAAACAGUUCCCCUGACCGAAUUCAUUCGUCGCUUUGGUCUCUUGGCUGAUGCAACAUCGAAAGACAUCACCGUCGAGCAAAUUUUAUCGCAUAACGAGAUCGAUCCGUCCUGUUAUCGCAUCGGUCCAAGUCAGGUUCUUUUCCGUUCCGGAGUACUUACCCAACUCGAGGCGAAGCGAGAUGAGCUUCUUUCGGAUCGCAUCGUGCAACUUCAAGCGUAUUGUCGAGGACAUCUGGCGCGGAAACGAGUUUCGCAAAGGAGAGUUCAAGAACUUGCUGUUAAAUGCAUCCAACGGAAUGUCAGGGCGUUUAUGCAAGUUCGAGAUUGGCCAUGGUGGCGUUUAUUGGUUCGAGUAAGUCCCUUGUUAGCCGUGAAUCGCACCGAGGAACAGCUGAAAAUAGCAAAUGAUGAAUUAGUGAUGCUGAAGGCGAAGUUGGAAAAGUUGGAGACGGAGAGAAAUUCGUUGAAAACGGAGAAUCAACGAUUGGAAGCUAAGUUGACAGAUAUGACGGUCGAUCUAGCGGAUGAGCAUUCGUCGGCGAAUAUCACGAGUGAACGUCUUGAGGCGGAAACGAGUGAGCGUCUGCGUUUGGAGAAGGAACUGGAAGAAUCGCAAAAGAAAUUCCGCAAUUUGCAGGAAACGUCGGAGAAGUUGGAGAUGGAACUCAUUUGUGCUAAAUCAGAUUUGAAUGGCGUUCUCGACGAAGACGAUCCAGAUAACGAAGACAAUGGCGGUGUUUACAAGAUCAAGUAUGAGCGCGUCGCACGUGAAUUGGAAUUUACGAAGAAACGUUUGCAAACGCAGCACGAACACGAUCUGGAGCAGUUGGUCGGCUUAAAGAAGCAACUCGAGAAGAAAUUAGCUGACGCAUACGAAGAAGUCGAAGAGCAACGACAAGUCGUCGGCCAAUGGAAACGCAAAGUACAAAAAAUGACAAACGAAAUGAAUGACUUGCGCAUGCUGCUGGAAGAGCAAAAUAGUCGCAACAACUUACUCGAGAAGCGACAACGUAAAUUCGACGUUGAAUGUCAGAGUUUGCAGGACGCUACGAGACAAGAAAAAUUGGCAAAAGAGCGCCUUUCACGGGAAAAAGAUGUACUUGUAGCUGAGAAAUUCCAAUUGGACCAAGCACUAUCGGAUACACGACUCGAGUUGGAGCUAAAAGAGGAGAAGCUGAACGCGUUGCAGCGAGAAUUGGAAGAAAUGACUUUCGGCGGCGGCACUGAAGAGGAAGUUGCUCAACUUAAGCGCUCCAAGUUGGAUUUGGAGAAGCGUUACAAAGAGCAGGAAGAGGAAUUGGAUGAAAUGGCAGGACAAAUACAGUUGCUUGAACAAGCAAAACUUCGUCUUGAGAUGUCGUUGGAACAAAUGCGCAAAGAUUCGCGUCGUGAAGCGACUCAACGCGACGAAGAAUUGGAAGAAAUUCGCGGAAAUUCAUACAAAAAAAUCAAAGCGCUCGAGUGUCAACUCGAAUCAGAGCACGAGGAACGUACGUUGCUAUUGCGCGAAAAACACGAGCUCGAACGUCGUUUGAACAGCUUGGAAGAUCAGGAUCGUGCUGAUCGAGCUGCCGAAGAAGCAGCUAACCAAAAGCUCAAACGAGACUUGCGCAAGUACAAAGCUCUUCUCCGUGACGCCCAAUCGCAACUCGAACGUGCCAAAGGCGAUUCCGCCGGCAAAGCGAUCAUCCGCCAACUACGAAAUCAACUUGAGGAUGCCGAAUCUGCCCGAACUCUCGCACAAAAGGCUCGUCAAGCAGCUGACAACGAACUUGCCGAAUGCCAAUCGUUACUCGAAGAAGCGCAACGCGGGCGUUCUGAAGCCGAGGAUCGAGCUGCUGCUGCGCAUCGCGAUCGUACCGAACUCCAAGCUCAACUGGACGAAAAUGAGGAAGAACUUUCCGAACUCAUGAAGAAAUACAGCGCCACAGUGAAACAAUUGAAUGCCGAACAAGCCGCCAUCACGGAAUACGAACUUCGCAUCACCGAACUCGAAAGCGAAAAGAGCUCGUUGAAGGAACAAAUUGCCGAACUCAACACCCGUUUGGAGAAUAUGGAGUCAAUGGGCGAUUCGUCGGCGCAUCUCACGAACAAACGACUCGAAUUGCGUACCAAAGAAUUAGAAUCGCGCUUGGAAUUUGAGCAAACGACGCGUGCUCGUCUCGAAGUUCAAGUCAAUCGACACAAGGAAGCGGUUGAAAAGGCAAAUGCUGAGAUGUCGAUCGUUAAGGCGAAGGAAAUGGCAGCGCAAGAUCAACUGAAGAAGGCACAAAAGAGUUUGCGGGAGCUGCGCGAUGAGUUCCACACAAUUUCGAAUCGCGAACAGGAAGUCAAUAUGAAACGCAAGGAUCUUGAGAAGAGACUUGAGGCAGCAGAAGCGGAGGCAGCUACGUGUCGACAGGAUUUGAGACUUGCCAUGCAACGCAUCAGCGAUUUGCAACAAGCCAUGGAAGCGGAUGAUGACUCGCCGAGUGAAAGUGAAAGCGAGAGCUCCGACGACUCCCUCAGUGAUUUAGAUGUGAGACUGAAAACAAGAACAUCAUCAGUAUUGCGAACCAGCACAACGAAAGACGCAAACGGUAUUCAUAGCGACACAACAUUGAUCAUUCGCGAAGAAAAAGAUUCAAUACCAAGACACACACUUGGUGCAGAUGCAAGCAGCAACGGUGACUCGAGUGCCAAACUAUCCAACGGAGACUCAUCGUUCGCUUAAGCAAAAUUUUAUUCUACGAUAAUUUUAAAAGAAAAUCAAAAAAUAAUUCAUUGAAGAAAAAAAAUUAAACAUUGGAAGUAUUGUUACUAUUGAAUUUAAAAUAAAAUAAAAUAUUUAGCAAUAAACAAAAAAUAUUACAAAAAAUAGGUUGCUGUUGAUAUAAAAAAUUAUUUUAAUUUAGUAAAAUAUUUAUUUUAUUUUUUCUGAGCAACUAAAAACCGAAAAAAAACACAAGCAAGGGAAAACACUCACAGAAAGGCCUCAUUUUUGAGCUUCCUACACCCGAAAAAAUGUACAGAACUUAUUGAACACGGUAAGAGAAUUAUUACAAAAAACACCAUAUUUAGAGAGAUAUUUUACAAUAAACUUGAUAAACUAGUCCACUUUAAUACUUACAUAAUUAUCUACAAAACUACCUAUACAAAUAUAACCGCCUAUAACAUAUAAUAAUAAAACAAACUAAUAUAUA